UCACGUCCCAUAGACUGCACUCCCAAUAAAAAUCUUUUAAUUUGAAGACACGAACAUAUUGAUUGAAACUUUUUCAUUAGAGUUAAACGGCCAAAGCGAGUGUGAGCUUUUUGAUAGUGCGGCGGUUUAGGUAGUGACUACUUAAAUUUCGUCGAUUUCAAUCCUACUAAGAGCCAAAGAAGAAUUGACUCCAUCAAUUGACUUCUAGCCCGCUUAUUUAGAAGUUUGAGCGCUAACAAUUUAAGUUUUCUCCGCUGAUUAUUUUUAAUUAAAAUCGUUUUACUGACUUGAGGCAGUUUAUUCGCUCAUUUGUAUGCUGGUUUUCUGACAAAGGAUGCUUCGAAUAGUUACUGGAUAAAAUUGGCGUCUUAAAUGGGACGUUGAAAAUGCUAAUUCGUUUGCCCGUCAUGUGAUUAUCGUUUUCUGUGCGAACGAAGUUGAUUUUUCCUCAUUUGGGAGCAUUGGAAAUAUGGUGAUUGUGAUUUGGAAUUGGAGUGUCUUACUUUUAGUUACAGUUCUUUGGAACGAUGCAGAGUCUCUAAAAAUAACAAGCCUUUAUGUACCAAGAGGAGCUACCGACGACGCUUACAUUGACUGUAGGUACGACUUGGAAGGAGAGCCGCUUUACGAUGUUAAAUGGUACAAGGACGACAUGCAGUUUUUCCGAUGUAUGGCCGAUGGCAGCGUCCAUGAGUUCCCAGUUGAAGGUGUUUACAUUAAUUACUCGAAUCAUGCAACAGUGGGAUCCUGCCCUAUAAACCUCACAAGACUCUCCAGCAGUUCCGCAGGAAAAUACAAGUGCGAAGUGAGUCUAGACGCUCCAACUUUUCGAACCGUCUCCGAAACGAAGAUUUUGAGAUUUAUGCAGUCAGAGAGGAGGACACAAGUGAAAAAUGAUAUUAGUAGUCAGAAUAUGAAAAGUGUUUUCCGAAAUCAGACAGAUGCAUUCAAAGCACAUUCUGGUGUAACAACAUCCAAAGACAGCUUGUCCAUACACGUAGUGAUAUUUAUGUUGAUAUUUUGUAGUUUUUAAAAUAAAAGUAUCAAGUACAAAA